AUGCAUAGCUCACGGCAGCAAUACAUACCGCCUCCCCCACCGCCUGGCCAGCCUUCCACCUCUCAUGGCAUGACAUUGCCGCCGCCGCCGCCUCGCCCUGCGACAAGCGGUGCCCACGGGGGAUAUUCUCUGCCAGGCCCGCCGCCGGGAGGCCCGCCAACAACAUACUGGAACAGAUCGAAUUAUCCGCCGCCACCAAACAACGCGGCACCACAUCCUACAUACAACCCGAAUGCCUACAAUACGUACCAACAGCAACAGCAACAACAGCAACAGCAGCAGCAGCAGCAGCAAGCAAGUUACUUAAGCAAUCAGCUUCCCCCAGAGGGUCAGCCGUUGACGUCGGCAACGUACAUUCCCUUUGGUGAAUCCUUUGGCCCAGGUGUUGGAAUCCCGCCGCUCCACACGCAGUCCGACUACUCCAACAAUUACUACUAUCCAUACCAACAAGACCUGGGCCAAUCGACAGACAAUAGCUCGAGAGGAACCCUAAGCACCGCCCUGCACACGCCGCCCGAAGAGCUCAGCACUACAAAUUAUCAAAACGGCACUUACCAUCAAGCGCCCGUUCACCGCCAGUCGCUGCACGGUGAAGGGAACCCAGUCGACGUACCGCUUUCCCCGUCGGACCCUGCUUGGCAAUGGCCUUUGGAUCGCGUGCUCAUAUGGCUUGCCACAAACGGUUUCUCCAACGACUGGCAAGAGACGUUCAAGCAGCUGGAUCUGCACGGAUCUGCGUUUCUUGACUUGGGCAGAGGGCACGGUCCCAAGGGCAACGUGGCUAUGAUGCAUCAAACAAUCUUUCCGAAGCUGGCUGAAAUUAGCAAGGCGAGUGGAACCAAUUGGGAGUUGUCUCGGGACCGUGAUGAAGGCAAGCGGCUACGCCGGCUUGUCAAGACCAUCGUGGACAAUGGAGGCCACUCGGGAAGCGCAAGGCUUCCAAACAGGCGUGCCUCUAGGACGUUUGGGCCAACCACCACCAUGUCCGCUGGCACAGAAGGCACCAUGGAGAGCUCCCCGAACCUCAACCAGUCGGCUGAGUUCGACCGCUCUAACCCCCCAACAGCCGGCGUCGACGUGGAGAGUCCCGGAAAGCACGGGCAGUUAGGUGGGUUUCAUUCUCCUGCGACAAGCAAUCCGAGACGCUUCUCGAACCAGCGCAAUUUCACGGUCCCGUCACUGAGUCAGCCCGAUCACGUGUCAGAAACGUCGAAUAGGAGCGUGUACACGGAGAAGAUCUUGAGACAGCUGGGGGAUGGCACGUCAUCUAAAAGACACAGCCCGAACGCGUCUGGUGAUUACGGCGGCCCAAGGUCCGCCAGCCCACAGCACAGUCCAGGGCUGGGCGCCGCAAAUCUCGCUGUGGGUCAGCUCGCGCAACAGAAAAGUAGAUAUUACGGCGGCCAUGACCGAGCCAACUCUUCCGAGUCAACCGCUUCGAACCUUGUCGCAUAUGGUCCAUAUCCAGUGUCUGGUCCACUUUCGGCAAAACUGGAAGGGAGGCGUAACGGCAUUGAAGGCGCCCGUCCCGUGGAUGCCACAGGUCGUCAUUACAGCCAGGAUCCUGAAAGGAGUGCUAAGGAGCAUAAAAGCUUCCUUUCCACCUUGCGGUUACCCGGGAAGAAGAGGAGGGACGAGAACCAUCCAUCACCGGACGAGUCCAGCAUUGAGUCGCCUACCAGCCCCAACACAGGCAUGCGUCACCUACCGCCGAAUGCGCCCUACAAGGGAACGAGCUUAAACUCCAGCGACACGUCGUUGAACGAGCGUCCGCCAUCCAGAAGGUCCGCACAGAAUGAUUCCGACACGACCCACGGCAUGCGCCCUCGAGCUCCAACAAGAGAAUCGGAGCCCAGACUUGUGGAGCCCAGGAGGUUCUUUUUCGUAACUCCUGAUGGCUGGAACUACAGGCUUGUCGAUGUCACUGGCAUCGAUUCCGCCGCCAAAUUGCGGGAGCACAUCUGCUGGAACCUCUCGAUACAGAAUAGCAAGGACGCUACUCUUCACCUGACAUCGCCUGGCCAGACCGAACACGAUGAAGCGCUUUCAGAUGCCCUUCUCAUGCAAGCCCGUCGGAUCGCCGACGGUUCGGGAACGCUUAAGGUCUACGUCAACGUGCCUCUCCCACCAGCUGGCCCAUCCGCCAUUGGGCUUGGAGUGAGUGGUACCUCACCUUACGGCCGCAUGUCAUUAACUGGGAAUGCCCUUCAUCCGGAUACUCUGGCACGGCUCAGUAUGGCAGGAAACCACCAUGUGGACUCUCCGAGGUCUGGAGAUUCAACAUUGGUUCCUGCCCAGUGGCGGGACAACAAGCACUAUCCCCAUAUCCCGAAGACCGAGGAGCCUCCAGCAGUGGUGCCGAAAUCGGAUCCGCAAUGGGAUUCUGGAAACAAUCAGUUCUCGGAACAAGAGCGAAAGGACAUUCUCGAAGCCGCCGCCGAGGCGCAUCGGCGCGAGACGGCCAAGAAGCAGAAAGAGUAUCUGGACAGGAGAAGAAGGGCGAUUGCGAAGGAAGCGUCGCCUAUCGACCCGCCGAGUGCGUUGGGUUACAUCCGGAAAGAAGUGAUCGACUUCGACGAGCGCCGCGAUUCCCCAUACGAAGAUGGCAGGAGGCCGGAUGGUUUCGAGCGCGGCAGACCCAAGCAGCAACUUAUGCCGCUCAGAGACCCCCCGCCUGCACCGAAGGUUGAGACGGAGACGUUAAUCAAGGCAAACUCGCUCAGCAAGCGAGAGGGCAAGGGACGAGACUCGUGGCCAGAGGACGAAUCAUCAGGCAAGAGGGGCUCUGGCGAGCAUCCCGGUUCUGACACCGAAAAACCCUCUCGCCGCUUAGCUAUCCCGGAGACGCCACUUGUUUCGAUGGGCAUUGGUGCUGCGCUUCUGGGAGUCGGGAAGAUUGGCGGUAUGGUUGGCGCACCUUCGCGCCGACACCCCGUCAAGCCUAGCCCUACCCUUGGCGCGUCUCCUUCUUUCUUCACGCCCACGGACAAAGAUGGUAAACCUCCGAGAUCUAUGGCAAUGGUCGAUUUCAGUCAUACUGCGCCUCGUAGUGGAAGUCCAGGUGGGUCCCCUCGCAGUCCAGGCGACAUAACAAUGAGCAAAGGCAAAGUUCCGUUCGUGAUUCCUGACUAUGUACAAGCCGCCCAAGACCGCACGUCGCCAGAAAAGCCCUCGUUAUCGUUAGAAAUGCCCCAAAACGCCGCCGUAUCGAAGCUUAAACAGCUCGAAGACGCGUCGAACAACUCGCCAGACGUUAGCCCGAGCACCGCCCAUCCGAACGAAAGCGACCUCCACCGAAUGAUGUCGACGCGCUCGUACGGUCCGAAUUUGGAUUUUAAAGAGGACCCUGUCGAGUUUUCUCAAUCACCUGCUGCUGCCGCUGACGAUUCAGAUGACGACUCGGAUGAUGGCCUUUUCGCGAUACCGCUUACACACAAGACCCCGCCACCCGCGACAACAAGCAGUAGCUCACCUACCCUCAACGACGAACCAACCGAGCGCCCCCCUAUGGCAAUCAGAACGCCGUCCAAAGUCCGCAUUCAGUCGCCGGAAAGAACGCACAGCGAUCAUGAGGAGAUGAAGGACAGAAGCCGGAGCAUCGAAAGGUUCAUUCCCCACGCCGGGGGCUCAGCACCUUGGUCUCUCGAUUCGCCCGAGGAGGGCAGGGCUUUCAACAGGCGGGAAUCCUUUGCCAGCGACAUCUGGGCCAACCGUCCUCCGCCCGAGGCCCUCGUGGAGCACCUCGACGACCUGUUUCCGAACGUCAACCUGGAUCAACCGAUUAUGGAUGAAGACGUGCCUGGUUCGCCAGCGUCGCCUUCGUCUGAAGAGAAGAGAGGGCUUGUGGCGUCCCAAGAGCCGAGCCGCCAACCCACCCCGAUGUCGGCUCCUGAAGACGAAGGCACCUUGCGUCCUGAGAACGUCUCAAGCUUGCAGCGCGGUGACACUGUCAUGUCAAUGGCGCACAGGAACAUGAGGAAGGCUGGCGGUCUCAGCCGCACCAAGUCGAUCCGUGAAACGGUCAAAUCGCAAUACCAGUCCAUGGAACAGAGAGCGGCACCCUCGCGGGUCAAUACGCUGAAGUCAGGCGACAUCGUCCGCAGAAAGAGUACCAAGAUGUUUGGUGCCAGAAUUGAGCAAGUCAGGCCGCCUCGCGGAAGCCGCAUGAUCACACUGGAUACCAUUCAGGACACCCUCCCCAUGAAUCCACAGCGCCAGCCAACCUUCAAAUGGAUGAAGGGUCAACUGAUUGGCAAAGGAACGUUUGGCAAGGUGUACCUCGGUAUGAACAUGACGACUGGAGAGCUGAUUGCUGUCAAACAAGUCGAGGUGAAGCCAAAUGAGGACAAGGAGAGAAUGAAGGAGCUGGUCAAGGCUCUCGAUGUCGAGAUCGACACGAUGCAGCAUCUGGAUCAUCCGAACAUUGUGCAGUACCUGGGUUGCGAGCGCCAAGAUUCCUCUAUUUCUAUCUUCCUGGAAUAUAUUCCCGGUGGCAGCGUCGGCAGCUGCCUGCGUAAGCACGGCAAGUUUGAAGAGGCGGUUGUCUCCUCGCUCACGCGCCAAACGCUCAGCGGUCUUGCUUACCUUCACCGCGAGGGCAUUCUCCACCGCGAUCUCAAGGCUGAUAACAUUCUGCUUGACCUCGAUGGCACCUGCAAGAUUUCCGAUUUUGGUAUCUCCAAGAAGUCAGACAACAUCUACGGCAACGACAUCACCAACAGCAUGCAAGGCUCCGUUUUCUGGAUGGCUCCCGAGGUCAUCCGCAGCCAGGGCCAGGGCUACAGUGCCAAGGUCGACAUCUGGUCCCUGGGCUGCGUGGUGCUCGAGAUGUUCGCCGGUCGCCGUCCAUGGUCCAAGGAGGAGGCCAUCGGUGCCAUCUACAAGCUCGGCUCGCUCAACCAGGCGCCGCCGAUUCCCGACGACGUCUCGCAGAACAUCAGUCCCGCGGCCGUCUCCUUCAUGUAUGACUGCUUCACAAUCGACCCGUCCGACCGACCCACGGCCGACACAUUGCUACGCGCGCCUUUCUGCUUCUUCGACCACAACUACAACUUCUUGGAUACGGAACUGUACGGGAAGAUCAGAGGAGCUUUUGACCACCGUUAA